CCCGUCGCUGCGGAAUGGGCGAAGCACAGAGCUGCCUGGCAUGCGACUCGAAGCGAAAUGCGAAGCCAGCGGACGUAAGGAAGGCUGUUCCAGACGAGAAGUCAAGUUUGGUCAGCAUCCCCGCAGGAGAGUAUCGAACUUCGUCAGUCGAUAGCGGGUCCACUUCAUCGUCAAAGUUUUUGGAGAAAGCCAAGGUUGGAAUAGGAGCAUACUUCCAACGGAGCAAGGAAGAAGAAGACAUGUUGCAAGUUAAGUCUUUGCUGAAGGGAAGUCCAGCGCAGUUAUGUAACAAGAUAAGCAUCGGAGACAGGAUAAUUGCUGUAAACGGAGAAUCAGUACAUGGGAGGAGCCUUGCGGAAUUAGCAGAGAAAUUGUUAGGACCAACAGGCAGUGUGGUGGAAUGCACUUUCAAGAGCGUAAAGAGCAAUGAAAUUUUCUCUGUCACGCUUGUGAGGGGGAUAAAUGCAGAUAGAUGGAAUCAGAGAUGAACGAUUGUGUUUUAUCUUUGAAAACUGAUAUCGAAUCAUACUUAGAAACAAAUCUUCAACCAGCAUUGGAGUUCGAGCGAAGCGAGAAACUCCGGCUGCACGCUAUCUUGACACCAAGAUCUUCUGCAUUCUAAUUCAGCUCUCUUCAUUUGUAAUAGAUGGUCCUAGUAUUGUGAUAGAUAGCCCUAGUAUGCA